UGUUGCCUUGUUUCUGCUCACCAACUGCAUGCGAGUCGGCUUUGCUCUCCACGCAGCGUUUGCCUCGAGCGCGAAGACUUCACGUCACGCUUUGUCCGCCGCUUACAGCAUCUUGUCCAACGCGACCAUGGCAGUGGGCGAGACGAUGCAAGUCAAGAAGCUCUCGGAGAAUGCCAUUAUGCCCGUUAGAGGCUCCGAACACGCUGCAGGGUUCGACCUCGCGAGUGCCUACGAGGCCACGGUCCCCGCCGGGCGUCAAGCUCUCAUCAAGACGGACCUCUCCAUCGCUAUUCCUCCCAACACGUACGCGCGCAUCGCCCCUCGAUCCGGCCUGGCGGUGAAGAAGAUGAUCGACGUCGGGGCGGGAGUUGUGGACUACGACUACCGCGGGCCUGUUGGAGUGGUGCUCUUCAACCAUGGGAGUGAAGACUUCAAGGUCCAAAAGGGAGAUCGUGUGGCUCAGCUCAUCUUGGAGCGCAUCUGCAUGGCAGACAUCGAGGAGGUGACAGAGCUCUCCGAAACAACAAGAGGCAGCGGAGGAUUUGGCAGUACCGGCGUUGAACAAGGCGCGCUUCAAACAUCAUCCACCGUGGCGAACGGGGCAAAGAAAAUCAAAGUGGUGGGGUCCGAGCCGGUCUCGAGAACGUCGUCCACAGUAGCGAGUGUGCUCAAGCUAAUCGACAGAGUUGACAAGCUGGAUGUGGAUGACGCUCCUACGCUUGUCGCAAAGGCGACUGCCAACUGA